UAUUGCAUUAUUUACAGUGAAAUAAUAUGGGAUAGUCAACGGAAGAUGUGAUUUUAGUAUAUAUUAUAUGUUUAUUGUCAUUAUUAACAAUUCUGAUAUGGGUCCUAGUGUAUUUGUUGUGUAUUCAGUGAUAAUACUCAGUGCAUUAGCUACAUCGGAUAAUAAUGAUCAAACAUAUCAGGGAGCUAACCCUUCAGUAGCGACGUCAGAAACACAACCUCAGACAAACUCAACAAAGAAAGCACCAACAGAAACAAAACAAGCUGAUGCAGAAACAACGCCACCAAUAAUACCUCAAAAUGUUUGGAUUUACGUCGCGAUCGGCGCAAGCGUACUGGUCUUACUACUCUGCCAAACGCUGUGCUUCUGUCUGUACUUGCGGAAAAUGCGACUAAAGUCUGCAAAUCCGACACAUUGCAACAUCAAUAACAAUAUGGCGCAUUCAGAAAACACGAAUCCAUACCAGCCCGCGCCUAGCCGGCUGAACACAAUCACAGCAAAGCCUGGAGAACAAAACCACACGUCUUCCUUAUACGAGUACGAGUGUGUCAAAGACGUUACCAACAGACCUGAAAAAAAACCGGAACCUCCUCCUACUUCUACGCUACCGAAGAGACAACGUCCUCCUUUGCCGCUGCCUAAUGAUAUACAAGGACACAAAUCCUCAACUUUGACCGCAUCUGCAACUCAACAGAUGCUGCUACAGCGAGGAAAACAAGUAUCAACAGUACCAAACAAUCCGCCAUUACCCUUCCACCCGCUUCCUCCGAUGCCGUCACGAAGUCCGCAGACCAGACGUCUGCCCACUCCAGUGCGUACACCAGUAUUGAAAAAACGGGAGUCCAUAAGAAACGAUAGAUCCUACAAAAUCUAUGAAUCACUGCCAGAUCUCAGGGAGACUAGAAUUAACCCAAAACCCCCACCCGGCCAUCUUCCAAUGAUGUUCACCCCGCCGACCCCGGUCAUCAGUCAGUCAGUGAACAGGGGGAGAAUACUACAUGAUAGAGACACUGCGUCACCGACCCUGCCAUCCAAACCUCGCAUGCCGCUACCACAAGAAUUAAACCGAUAUGAGCACCGCAAACAUUCAAUCACUUCCUCAUCUUCAUGGAACAUUUCAUCCGCGGUGUCACCAAGUGCUCCGUCUAGUGUAAACAGGCCUAAGAUAUCUAAUGAAAAUCAAUCCGUUUCAAACGAAUUAAUGGAAAAAUUAAAGAGGAGAGCAAACUUAAAUUCGCAAAUCGCCAACACUGCUACCAGAUCGCCAGCGCUACAUAAACCACCGAUUCUGCCGCCACCAAAACUGAUUCCAAAACCAAAAUAUAUGGACGAAUCAUCCGAUGACGACGAAUGGACGAUGGAGGAAAUCCAACCAGUUAAUUUGUAUAACGUGUGACUGUAACAAUACUCGUAAAUAUAUACAUACAUACAAAGAUUUUAUAUCGAUAUGUCACUAGCGUGUCAAAACGAAGGCGAACAAAAGCGGCUAAUUGUCUUAAUUUAAUUGAGUCGCAUACGAAAGGUAUUUAAACAAAUGAUACCUAAAUACUGUAUACGACGUCGAGUUGUGUGUACAGAGACUUUAAAAGCUAUAUACAUAAUUGUAUAAAGAAAUUAAAAACAGAAAUUUGUAGCUAAAUUCAGAUCACUUUUUGCGGUGAUUUUGUAGGCACGUAACAUAUCUAUAGUAUAAAAUAUCGUUGCGUACAUCACAUAACGUCUCGAUAUCGGAAGUCUCGUUGUUUUCGCAUGUUCUUGUAGAAAAAUAUAUAAUUAUGUAAAAUAAAAGACUUUUAUAGAUUAGAA